CCCGCCCCGUCCGGUGGGCGACGCGCCGCAUGGAGGCCGGCUGAGGAGCGCCGCCCCGCCUGGCUUCACGCAUCGCUGCCAGAGCUGCUGCCAGCCAUGGAGGGGCCGGAGGAGCAGCCGCCCCGCGAGCUGAGGGCCACGCUGGGCGCCAUCGGGAGCGUGUCGGGGGCACAUGGCCCGUGGUCCCCCAGGCCGGGGGCAGCACAGCCUCAGCGCCUCCUCCCUCUGCAGGCUGACACGGAGCCCGUCGUGACUUCAGGGGCCUCAGAGGCAGUGCCCAGGGUGCUCCCCGGAGACCCCCAGAACCUGUCCGAUGUGGACGCGUUCAACCUGCUGCUGGAGAUGAAGCUGAAGAGGCGGCGAGAGCGGCCCGACCUGCCGCGCACGGUGACUGAGCUGGUGGCGGAGGACGGCAGCCGCGUGUACGUGGUGGGCACGGCCCACUUCAGCGACGACAGCAAGCGGGACGUGGUGAAGACUAUCCGGGAGGUGCAGCCUGACGUGGUGGUGGUGGAGCUCUGCCAGUACCGCGUGUCCAUGCUGAAGAUGGACGAGCGCACGCUGCUGCGCGAGGCCAAGGAGAUCAGCCUGGAGAAGCUGCAGCAGGCCAUCAGGCAGAACGGCGUGGCAUCCGGGCUCAUGCAGAUGCUCCUGCUGAAGGUGUCCGCCCACAUCACCGAGCAACUGGGCGUGGCUCCCGGCGGCGAGUUCAGGGAGGCCUUCAAGGAGGCCAGCAGGGUGCCGUUCUGCAAGUUCCACCUGGGCGACCGGCCCAUCCCUGUCACCUUCAAGCGGGCCAUCGCCGCCCUCUCCUUCUGGCAGAAGGUCAAGCUGGCCUGGGGCCUGUGCUUCCUGUCGGACCCCAUCAGCAAGGACGACGUGGAGCGCUGCAAGCAGAAGGACCUGCUGGAGCAGAUGAUGGCAGAGAUGGUGGGUGAGUUCCCAGACCUGCACCGCACCAUCGUGUCGGAGCGCGACGUUUACCUGACCUACAUGCUGCGCCAGGCUGCCCGCCGCCUGGAGCUGCCGCGCGCCUCUGACGCCGAGCCCAGGAAGUGCGUUCCUUCCGUGGUGGUGGGCGUCGUGGGCAUGGGCCACGUACCUGGCAUUGAGAAGAACUGGACCACCGACCUCAACAUCCAGGAGAUCAUGACCGUGCCCCCGCCGUCAGCCUCGGGCAGAGUGUCCCGCCUGGCCGUGAAGGCCGCCGCCCUGGGCCUCCUUGGCUACGGCCUCUACUGGACGGGGCGCCGUGCCGCCAGCCUGCUCCUGGCCCUGCCCGCCGCCCGGCACGGCCUGCAGAGGCUCUGCGACGCCUGGCCGCACAAGUAGCAGGACAGACUGGAGCCAGCGCCCGCGCCGGGGCCGCCCCUCAGGGGUCUCAGCCCGGCUUCUGCCCGCCCCCAGCCCGCCCAAAUAAAAGAGUUGUUCACUGUCUGAGCUCGGGCUUCCCCGCAGCCCCUCCGCACACCCGCUGUGGGCUGUUAGGAGGCUCACGGGCCAGGACGAGCCGCGGGGCAGGGGCAGGGGCAGGGGCGCGGGAGGCCGGCCAGCCCCUUCCUCACUGUGCCUUCUCUCCGAGGCGGGCUGCGGGGGUGUCUCGCAGGGGGUCGGGGCCACUCCCUGGGGGCAGGCUGCGGCCAUGCAGCCUUGGGGUGUCCCCUGGGGGCGACUUGGCCAGGCUCAGGCCCCCAGGAAGCGCCAGCAGCAGCUCUGCCUGCAGAGAUUCUGUGUUUUGGGCUUUUAAAAACGUCUGAAACUUUUUUACUCAGGUAAUUUUAACUUAAACUGAAGCAAACGUCAGGAAAUACUAGCCUUAAAUCUGGUUGGGACCGAGAACAUCUUUUUCUUGAGUCUCAGUCCUGGGAAGAUGAGCUUGUAGGGCACGUCCGCUCCACUGUGGGCAGCCAGGCCGGCCCCGAGCCUGCCUCCAGCUGCCGGGGGCCCAGGACCCCACCCUCCCGGGUGGCUGACCCUGCUACCUGUGCAGCUGGCAGAGGGACCUGGGGUCUCCCUUGCCCUCUGGACAGACGGUGGCUGCCAGCAGGGCAUCCACCUUGCACGGGACCCAGCCUGGGCACAGUCGGGCCCCACACUGCACUGCCCUGUCGCCGCCUGUCCGCGUGUCUCCUGGUCUCCUGUCGGUGGCAUAGCAUCUGGGGCCCACGGCCUCGUCCGAUUGUGUGUGUUGACUCAGUGUCCAGAUGAGGUGAAAUCCACACCACCGGCUGGACCAGGUCAUUGUCAUUCACAUGCUCGUAUACCCGUCCCUUAGAAACUGAAAUAAAAUCUAAUUUUGGAA